AUGGCGGGCGAGGGGCGGCGGGGGGAGCCGGUGGGGGAAGGAUGGGCGAUAUACGUCACGCCCAGGGCCCCCCUUCGGGAGGGGAGGCGCCGGCUCCUUUCUCAAAAUGGCAGCGGCAGUCAGGCGCCUGCGUACGGUACGCCUUCUCAGUUACGCCACGGCCGGCGGGAAGUGAGGUUCUCAGAGGAACCGCCAGAAGUGUACGGCGACUUCAUGCCCCGGGUGAGCAGGGAAACGUCCCCGGUAGGAAAACGAAUCCCGCCAGAAGAGUUCCGGUCUGACUUUGAGAAAGAGGAAACGAAAGAAAGCGUGUACUACCUUCGAUCUCGGCCGCCGAGACAGCCGCGAGCCCAGAAAGCCACGGAAAUGAAGACGCGGAGAUCUAAUCGCCUACAGCAGCAGUCAGAGCAGUCUUUACUACAGCCGUCUCCGGUUAUGACUAGGAGAGGGUUGCGGGACUCGCAUUCCUCCGAAGAGGAUGAGCUGUCUUCACAAAGCACCCUAAGCCAACAAGUCACAAAGAAAACUGUCAGAGCACAGGUUCCAGUGUUGAGUGAAGACCCUGUACUUAGUCUGCGUAGACCUCCUUUAAGAAACUCAAGAUCAGAAGCCACCACUAUCCGAAAGAAUGUCAAUUACUUUGAAGAAGGAGAAACUGAGGAAGAAGAUACAGAAAGUUCUCAGAGUGAUGUUACUGCUGUUAAUGUCAAAUCCAGGGAUUUGACUGAGCCUACAGAUCAAACCAUCAGGUCAGCUAGUCAAUAUCCAGAAUUAUCCUGGCAGUCACCACAAAGAGACUUCACAACAUCUCAAAAUAAGGUCCCGUCAGUGCUGACCUCAAGCUAUAAAAAAAGUCCUCAGGAAUGUGUUGAACAAUCCCUAAAACAAAGGAAUAGGCUGCAAAAUGAUCUCAUUCAGAAACCAGCACUUGGAAAUCCAUCUCCAUCUGCCUCCAGCCCACAAGUGAGGGGACAACCCAGAACUACAAGUUUUGGCAAGAUAAAGCGGUGGCUGCUGCUUUUCCUGAUAGCUGCUUUGGCUGUAGGGAUUUUUUGGUCCAGAUACACGCCCGAGGCGGAAACCACUGCUGUAAAAGAAUUCCAGAACCAGAUGAGACAACUUAUGACUAAGUACCAAGGUCAAGAUGAGAAGUUGUGGAAAAGAAGCGUCACAUUCCUGGAAAAACAUCUGAAUAGCUCCCAUCCUCGGCCUCAGCCCGCUAUCUUACUGCUCACUGCGGCCCGAGAUGCUGAAGAAGCUCUUAAGUGUCUGAGCGAACAAAUUGCUGAUGCCUAUUCUUCCUUCCGUAGUGUCCGUGCCAUCCGGAUUGACGGGGCAGGCAAAGCUGCUCAAGACAGUGACACUGUCAAAGAGGAGGUAGAUAAGGAACUGAGCAGUGGGUUCCAAAAUGGCCAGAACGCAGCCGUGGUGCACCGCUUCGAGUCCCUGCCUGCCGGCUCGACUCUGAUCUUCUACAAGUAUUGUGACCAUGAGAAUGCAGCCUUCAAAGAUGUAGCCUUAGUCCUGACUGUCCUGCUGGAAGAGGAGACACUUGGAACCAGUCUAGGCCUCAAGGAAAUUGAAGAAAAAGUGAGAGAUUUCCUCAGAGUCAAGUUCACCAGCUCUGACACACCAAGCUCUUACAAUCACAUGGACCCAGACAAAUUGAGUGGUCUCUGGAGCCGUAUUUCUCACUUAGUUCUCCCUGUGCAACCUGAAAAUGCCUUGAAAAGGGGCAUCUGUUUGUAA